AUCAACUCGCAGCACGCGCCACAACGCCUGGGUGCUCUGCAACAAGAUCCUGUCGUUCGCGCAGUGUUUGAGUUGGCGCAUUUGCUAACUCACGCUGCCAUGAGCACACCGUCGAACCCACCCAAGCAUACUAUGGUCGUCCAACAGACGAUUCGCAAGCCUCUCCAUGCGGAAGCCCACUUCAACCAGAAGACCAAGGACGGCAGCAUCCCGAUCGUCCUCGUGCCCAAGUACCCCCACUUUUGCGACACGUUCGUGCGCAUUCCGUCGGGGAUGUGGGUGCUGUACCAAAAGUGGAACGCCCACGCGGGGAUCCUCGAACCGGGGUUGAUCCCGGUGUGGGCCGCGUACAACCGCGUCUCUCACAUCGUGACCAAGCACGCCGUCGCGUACUCGGUCCAGGUUGAGCGGUGCCCAACGUCCGACAACGUGAUGGUGCACAUUGACAUCUCGAUCAACUUUCAAAUUGGCCCGACCGCCGACGACGCGGUCAAGUUUGUGUACAUGCUUGGAGCCCAGCGCUUCAACGAGCUCAUCUCGAUGCUGACAGCCGAGGGCAUUCGCGGGCUCGUGCAUUCGGUGCGCCACGAUCAAGUCCAUGACCUGCGCGAAGAGUUUGCAAGCGAGAUGAAGCGGGACCUGAAUCACAAGCUCGUCGCACACGGCGUCGUGAUCCAUAACGUUAAGGUUACAAACGUAGCGCUGCCGACCCGGCUGUCGGCCACCCUCGAAAAGACGACUGCUUUCAAGACCAAAAUGGAGGAGCAGGAAAAGAAGCACGAGAACGACAUGCGCAUGCUUCUGAACGACGAAACCAAGCUUCUCACGGCGAUCCAAAAGGCCAACGACCGCAACAUUAAAGAUCUUGUGGCAAAGAAGGAGCGGGAGCUCAUUUCUCGACAGAAGCUCAUCCUGGACAGCGAAAGCAAGAUGGAAGUCACGUGCAUCAACGAAAAGGCAAAAUACGCCGCGCUCAUUCUCGCGACCGAGGGAAAGCGCGAUGUUGCGUUCGCGACCGCGACCGCCGCCGCAACGAAAAAACGCAAUGACGCGAUGAUGCUGCUCGUCGCCGCCCAACGUGAGUACGAGCAGCGCGUAAAGGCCGAAGAGAUCAGGCAACAGGCCCUGGUCGAUGUCGCGAAAAAGACGGCGGCGGGCAUUUUGGCCGCUGCCACCGCCGAAGCCAACUCGGCUCAAGCGCUAGCUGUCAAGCGCGAAUUCGAAUACGCUUCCAAGAAGAACGAAGUUGAUACAGCGCUCGUCCGCCACGCCAAGAUGGUUGUAAGUGGCGAGAACGGCGAGGCGCUCAUUCACCGCCUCGUCCAUGCCUAACCUCGCCCAACUACAUCCAUAUUCCGCCAUGACUACGACAACAGUAGCGCACUCAAUCCACGCAACUGUACUUACAGAUCAACCUUUCCUUGCUGGAAGUACUCCCGACGCACGUGCGGGGCUUGCACGCCCGGGAGAUCGUGCAAGACAUUGCGUCGCAAAGAUAAAGCCCUGGCACGCGCUAACGAGGCGGAAGCGCUGUGUAAGGCACUGAGUGUACGACAUCCUCCACAAGGCACAGUGCACGUCCGUCUCAAUGUGUGCGAGCUGGUCGAGGUCUUUGACUUGGUGGAUUGCAAUGCGCAAGUUCUGGAGAUGGA